AUGGCAUCUUAUUUCGGGAGUUAUAAUACUCAUGCAACACCAUCUUCUUCAACGAUCGUGGAAACUUCUUCGGAGACAGAUGAGAGUUAUGUACCCGAGUCAAUACCAUCAAGCAGUGAGUAUACUACGGACGAUGACAUAGAUGAACCAGUUGCAGUUGACUUCCAAACUAUGGGACAAACUCCUCUACAAUAUGAUGGUCGAGGUACAACUGUCCCUGAUUCUGCUAUUCCUUUCUACCAUUCUCCAAUACCACAAAUGACAACGAGAUUCAGCCACGGGUUUACAGAGAGGGAUGACCAAGAAAUGAUGUCAUAUGACCCCUCAACAAAUGUCAUCUGCAUCAAAAUGGUAUUCCCAGAUUUUCCAACACUGAUAAAAGCUGUGUCAACAUACAGUAUUCACCAAAGGCGGAACUUCAUAACGAAUCACAAGAAAAAAAACAAUUGGAAAAUCUUGUGUCAAAAUUUCAAUGCAAUUCCUGCUUGUGGCUGGACAUUAUCAGCAAGGAAAUUGCAUGGGGAAUCUUCACAAUGGAUGAUGACAAAGUUCUUUGAUACACAUGACUGCACACAACAAUACAACCAAGGAGGAGCAGACAGAAUGUGUACAAGCGCGGUAAUAAGCAAUUUGAUUUUCCAAAAAAUCGCUGCUGACCCGCAGUACAAAAUCAAACACAUCCAAGUAGAUGUGAGACAACACUAUGGUGUGGACAUUUCGUACAGGAAGGCUUGGUACGCCCGAAUAAAAGGCAUUGAAAUGCAGUACGGGAAUUUCCAACAGUCCUACAAUGAUCUUCCACAAUUCUUGUGUAACUUGCAAGUGUCCAACCCAGGAACGAUUGUCGAGAUGGAGUGUAUUACUUCCGAACUACGUGGUCCUGAGUACAUGCAUUUCAAGUAUGCAUUCUGGGCUUUCAAGCCGGCAAUUGAUGGAUUCUGGUCCUGCGUCCCAGUUAUUUGUAUUGAUGGUACACAUUUGUACAACCGAUACAAAGGGCAUCUCCUUCUAGCAUGUAGAUACACUGCAAACAAAGAAAUAUUUCCACUGGCUUAUUCAAUAGUUGACUCGGAAAAUAAUGCUAGCUGGACUUGGUUUCUAAGACUACUCGCUGAACAUGUCUUCCCCGAUUAUGAUUCAAUGUGCAUCGUUUCGGAUAGACAUGCUGGAAUUGAAGCGGCGUUUAAGGAAGUCACACAAUUGCAUGGCCGAGUGAAACGUAGGUAUUGCCUUAGACACCUUCGGAGCAAUGUCCUAACAAAGGUCAGCAGAAAUCGGUGGUUACGUAGAUUGAUUUGGGAAGCUGGUACUGCUGUUACAACAAAUCAAUUCAAUCAACACAUGCAGACCAUCCAGCAAAACUGGCCAAAUGCAUACAACUAUCUGUCCGCACUCGAUGAAGAGGCGUGGACAUUAUGUCACGAUGGGGGUCAUCGGUACGACAUUAUGACAACCAAUCUAUCUGAGUCUUUUAAUAACUCCAUUAAGAGUUGCCGGAUGUUACCUGUCACGGCAAUCGCACGAAUAACUUUUCACAAGUUACGAACAAUGUUUGCCGAUAGGCGUACUGCAGGGGAGAUGAUGCAUCAACAGAAAAUGCUUUUCACACCAAAGGUUCAUGAAGAUUUGGUUUCUAGAGAAAAUGAGUCAAAAAAUGCAAGCAUUGAAAGAUAUAAUGACACUCUUGGCAUUUACGGCGUUGCUAUAAUUUCUGGAUACAUGGCUCACGGUCUGCACCAUCAUUUUCACGUCAACUUGGCUGAACGAACAUGUAACUGCAGCAAGUGGAACGUGGACGGAAUACCGUGUGCACAUGUGAUAGCAGCUUGUAAUUUCCGAAGGGAGGCAUUUUACCAAUUCGUGUCACAAGUUUACUCCGUCCAAAACUACAGGAAUGCUUACGCAGUCUACUAA